AUGGUUUAUCACAGCUACGGAUUGGAGACGCUGGCUGUGGUUGAGUCACUUAAGCGCUUCAAAAUAUAUGUGACUGGUGUUCAUGUCAAGGUUGUUACUGACUACCCGGACGAUGAAGACGCAUUUGCGGGUAAAGGUAAAACCGUGGCCAUUACGGUUGACGAAGAACAGGUGAAGGAUAUCAUACCUAAAGCGAAGCUAGAUGUACGACGCAAUAUAAACUGCGACAGCUUCUCUGAGUAUGCACUCAAUUGUACGAUGAGUGCUGCAAUGAUGUACAAUUCCAAUAAGAAAUCUCCACCGUUGCCUGCGAAGAUUGACGAGUGGUGCAGUGCCGUGAAGUAUCUUACAAAUUGUGCGUUGGAAUGGAACCUGGACUGUCGAGAUGUAACAGACAGCCAUUUUAACGAAGAAAGCAUCAACGGUCAUUCCUAUGUCGUCAAUAACAUCUGUGAUGAUAAAGGCUUCGUUGAACAAUAUACCGAUUUAGCGGAAUGUGUGAAGGGUACUUCGGAUCAAUGGGAGGUUUGCUACACGACUUUUAAGAAUUUGGUCGACGGCUUGAAGAAGAACACCACCUCUGAAUGGACUCAUUACGAGACUCAUUUUUAUUUAUGUUGUGGUCGUGCCAAGUUUCGUCGGUGUGUGUUAGAUGUGGUGUUCUCCCGUUCCGACGUCUGUCCUCAGCGCAAAGCGGUGGUGUUACAGAAAUUUUCUGUUAUUGUGUCAGAAGGUGAUGUCUAUCAGGACUGUGAUUUCAACAUGAUGUAUCAGAACUGUCCUGGGGGCGACCCCCGUCCUAGGGCCAACAGUGUGGGCGGUUUAGGACUGACCCAGUACAUUACUGACGUUUCAGUCGACUAUGACAACGCCGCAGAGCGAAUCGCCCUUCAUCCAGUCCUAAACAUCGUAUGUACAACUCCACCAGAUCUUUCCAAUCUUUCCAAACAAGAUUCAGGAAUCGAUGAAAGAUCAGUAAAUAUACACAAACCCGACCAUUGGUUCUGCUCAUAA